UGAGUACCACAUCCUCCAACCUCACAGGUUCUCUUUGAGCUUUCAUCCUCUAAGAGGCUAUGAGUUUGCUGAGCUCUUACUGCCACAUAUGCAGCCAUAUACCAAAAACUGGACCCAGGUAAGUGAGUUUGUCAUGAUGGGCUUUGCUGGCAGCCGUGAAGCACACCUCCUCUUCUUCACACUCUUCCUCACCAUAUACCUGUUCACCUUGGUGGAGAAUUUGGCCAUCAUUUUAGUGGUGGGCUUGGACCACCGACUGCGGAGACCCAUGUAUUUCUUCCUGACACACUUGUCCUGCCUUGAAAUCUGGUAUACCUCUGUUACAGUGCCCAAGAUGCUGGCUGGUUUUAUUUGCGUGGAUGGUGGCAAGAAUAUCUCUUAUGCUGGCUGCCUGUCCCAGCUCUUUAUCUUCACCUUCCUUGGGGCAACUGAGUGUUUCUUACUGGCUGCCAUGGCCUAUGACCGUUAUGUGGCCAUUUGUAUGCCUCUUCACUAUGGGGCCUUGGUGUCCUGGGGCACCUGCAUCCGUCUGGCAGCUGCUUGUUGGCUGGUAGGCUUUCUCACACCCAUCUUUCCAAUCUACCUCAUGUCUCAGCUGACAUUUUGUGGCCCAAAUGUCAUUGACCACUUCUUCUGUGAUGCUGCACCCUUGCUAGCCUUGUCAUGCUCAGAUGUCACUUGGAAUGAGACUGUGGAUUUUCUGGUGUCUCUGGCUGUGCUACUGGACUCCUCUGUGGUCAUUGUUGUGUCCUAUGGCAACAUUGUCUGGACACUGCUGCACAUCCGCUCAGCUGCCGAGCGCCAGAAGGCCUUCUCUACCUGUGCAGCUCACCUGAUGGUGGUGAGCCUCUUCUAUGGCACUCUUUUUUUUAUGUAUGUUCGGACCAAGGUGACUUCUUCCAUCAACUUCAACAAGGUGGUAUCUGUCUUCUACUCCAUUGUCACGCCCAUGAUCAAUCCUCUCAUCUACAGCCUUAGGAACAAGGAGGUGAAGGGAGCUCUGGGUAGAGUCUUUUCUCUCAAGUUUUGGAAGGGACAGUGAGGAGGCAGAUGGGAACCCA